CAACUAAAGAAGAAGAAGCAGACGCCGGCCACUGAAAGCAGGAGGAUGUCGUUUUGUAGUUUCUUCGGCGGAGAGGUCUACAAAGAGCACUUUAAACCAGGCAUUUACGCAUGUUCCAAGUGUGAUCACCAGCUGUUCUCCAGCUGCUCCAAGUAUGAGCAUUCAUCUCCAUGGCCGGCCUUCACAGAGACCAUCCACAAGGACAGUGUGUCCAAGCAUGAGGAGAGACCCGGGGCUUUUAAGGUGCGGUGUGGGAAAUGUGGAAAUGGACUCGGCCAUGAGUUUGUGAAUGAUGGGCCAGCCAGAGGCCUUUCUCGCUUCUGAAUAUUCAGCAGCUCACUGAAGUUCAUCCCUAAAGAUAAGGUUGAUGGACAGUAAGGUGAGCCGUCAGAGGGAACUGCUGCUGGACUUGUAGACGUUUCUCUGUGCUGCUGAAGGUGCGGACAGUGGAUGACGAGUCCUGGGACAAAACCCAAUCCGGGAGCACCAGGGUUCUGAUGAACGAUGGCCUCGCUGGACAGUGAGAACAGAGGACUAGUCUCAACGUCUUUUAUUCCAAAUCAUCACCGUUUGCAAGAUGGCGUCACUGAUUACACAAUCACCGUCUCAUCAGUUUGACAUUUUUGGAGAUUUAUUCAUAAUGAUUGAGAUUGUCUAAUGGGAAGAAUAGACUUCUCAUGACCCUAUGGCCUCUUGCUUGCUGAGAGACUAAAAUUUUAUUUUGAUUUUAAGACAUCAUGCCGGAAGCAAAAGGGGCAUGACAUGCAACAGAUUAGAUGAACUGUUUCCAAAGAUUAUAUUAUGAUAGAUUUUUGAUCUUUUAUUCAUCGACUAUGGUCUUCACCAGCAGUGUUUGGUGUGCUAGAUGCAGAAAACGAGUAGCAAUACAUUCUAUUUUCACACUCUUGGGAUGCUUUAUGUAAAUGGGUCACAAUGACUGAUAUGCAAAGAACUGAAAUGAAUAUAUUUUAAAUUAAAAUAAAACAAUGCUUUGA